CGCGCGCGCCUGGGAAAAUGUUGCGCAGAUUCUAAAAUGGAACGUUGUCGGUGGCGUGAAUGAGCGCGAGGGGGUGUGUGAGCGUGAGUAAGACAAGGACCAGCGGCAGCAGAAGCAGUAGGAGCCACUACCGCACCCGCCACCUUCUUGCAGCCGGUCCCCCCGCAGCGGUACGGGGAGCAGCCGUCUCCUCCUUCCCUCUGCAUGGAGCUCUCUGCUAUCGGGGAGCAGGUGUUUGCGGUGGAGAGUAUCAGGAAGAAGCGCAUAAGGAAGGGUAAAGUAGAAUAUCUGGUGAAGUGGAAAGGAUGGCCCCCAAAAUACAGCACAUGGGAGCCGGAGGAUCACAUCCUGGAUCCUCGCCUGGUAGUGGCUUAUGAAGAGAAGGAAGAGAGAGAUCGUGCAUCAGGAUACAGGAAGAGAGGCCCUAAACCGAAACGUCUCUUAUUACAGCAAAACUUAAACCAUGCUCAGGCCCAGAUGGAGCUGGCCUGUAGAGGGUCGUUGUGGCAGUGGAGGCAUCAUAUUAGGGCAAGUGGGUUCCACUGUGCAGAAGGGAUGGCUGUAGGUGCCCCGCAGGGCAAUCAGAGCCAUAGGCUUUACGGUAUGGAUCUGAGGAGUGCCCACAAGGGAAAGGAGAAGCUCUGUUUCUCUCUAUCACGGCAAUUUGGAGGAGGAGGAGGAAGCAAUCUGGCAGGGGCCAAGCCAGGACAGACAGAGCUAUCAGAGAAGAGUGGGGGAGGUGUCCUACCAUUCCCGCUCCGGAAGCAGCGCAAGAACCAGAAAUAUCUCCGGCUGUCGCGGAAGAAGUUUCCACGCAUGUCAAGCCUGGAGAGCCGUAACCACAGGCGUGAGUUCUUCUUGAAGGAAUCAGUGGCACUAGAGACUAGGCAGACUCCCAAUGACUGGGAUGCGACGCAGCAUGCUAGCAAAGAAGGUGUGGAUGCAGUUGAUGGCAGCCUCCCCUGGAUCCCCACCUUGUCCCCCAGCGAAGUGACAGUGACAGACAUCACGGCGAACUCCAUUACCGUGACCUUCAGAGAAGCACAAGUGGCUGAGGGCUUCUUCCGAGACCGAAGUGUGCAGUUCUGAAUCUCCAUUUUUAAUGUUCCUAGUCAGAUUCUUUUGGGAGUGGGGUGAUUAUUUCACUCUUUUAAAAAAAAAAAAUCCAAAAUGUUUCUUUUUAAAAUGUUUACAGAGGAAUUUUUUUUUUUACUGAAGUCUCAUUGAUUUUUCUUUUCCCCUUCAGAUACGCAAAAACAAAAGGCAAUGUACGGGCAAUGUG